CGCGCUCCGGAAGCGAUUGCUCGGGUCGGGAGCGCCCUCCGCCUCGCUUUCCGUGUGAGACGUAGAACUGAGCGACCGACGCCACAAGGGAGAUGCCGGUGGCCGUGGGUCCCUAUGGACAGUCCCAGCCAAGCUGCUUCGACCGGGUGAAGAUGGGCUUUGUGAUGGGCUGCGCUGUGGGCAUGGCGGCCGGGGCGCUCUUCGGCACCUUUUCCUGUCUCAGGAUCGGAAUGCGGGGUCGAGAGCUGAUGGGCGGCAUUGGGAAAACCAUGAUGCAAAGUGGUGGCACCUUUGGCACAUUCAUGGCCAUCGGAAUGGGCAUCCGAUGCUAACCAGGACAAUAGCUGCCUGCUACAUCUACGCCUUUUCACCAAUCUCAGCCCGUGUGCUAUAUAUAUAAUAAAACCAACUCUUUGAGUAGUC